GUGUGAAAAAUAUGAUCACAUUUUCAAACAUCACGUGUGUCAAAAGUACUAAAUAAAGGUAAUGCACGACCUAGCCGCUAUACCUAGCACUAUUGGAGGGAUAACUCAAGACCUAGAAACCAUCGACAGCAUCCUCAACGAAGGCAACAUAUCCGAACUUCAAGCGUGCCUUGAGCAACUCGAAUGCCGUUGCCACCUAAAUCCUAAAAACCCACACUACUUCUGGAGACUGGGCAAAGCCUGCAGCCGACUCUUCGUGAAAACUCACGACAAAGCAUACGUGAUCAAAGGAAUCGAAGCCUGCGAAGCAGCUCUCAAAAUGAAACCUGACCUGGCGAACGUCCAUAAAUGGUACGCGAUUCUGGUGGGCGAGCGCUCGCAGUUCCAGUCAACCAAAAAGAAAAUAGCGGACGGUUACUUGUUCAAGGAGCACCUGGAUUUAGCCUCCGAUUUAAACCCGGCUGAUCCCACGUUGCAUUUUUUGAAAGGUCGGUUUGCCUACGACGUAUCGGAAUUGAAAUGGUACGAAAGGAAGAUGGCGUCGGCGCUGUUCGCGACGCUACCUACGGCUACGGUUGAGGAGGCUUUGGAACACUUCAUGGAGGCACAGAGGCUGUCUUCGGUGGAGUGGAAGAUGAAUAUGUUGUACAUCGCGAAGUGUAAGCUCAAGAUGGGACACAAGGAUGAGGCCAUGGCUAUUGUGGCAAGGGCUCAAAGAUUACCGUCUGUAAGCGAUGCGGAUACAGAAGCGGAUUUGGAGCUUAACACUUUACGAAGGAAGUCCAAAAUGAGUAUAACUUCUUUCCGGAGUAGAACAAGGAGUAAAUUUGGGGAUUUAUUUUAACUGUGUCUUGUACGUGU